AUGGAAGAUUUUGCUGAUGAUAAAACAAUACCAUUGGCUUAUUACAUUAUUGCCAGUAUAGUGGAUAUUAAUGGAAUAUUAUCCAAUAUAUUCACGUUAAUCUUUAUAUCUUUUACAAGUUUAGGCUCACGAUCUGCUACUAUCCUAUUUCGUACACAAUGUGGUUUUGAUGGAUUGACUUGUUUUUUUGCAAUGAUAACAUUAUUUACACGUACAGAUGCCAGCAAUUAUGAUGGUUGGUUUGCUGAAUUUUUAUGUCAUGUAUGGAUUUCGGAAUAUUGGGUACGAUUAAUUGAAUUGUUAAAUGUGUCCAAUUUAAUGUGGAUCAGUAUUGAUCGAUUCUGUGCUGUUCAUCUCCAGAUAAAAUAUAAAGUAUUUCAAAAAUAUGAACUUUUCAUAAGUUAUACAUUUAUAUUAUGUCAUGCAGUUUUUACUCCCAUACCAUUAUUAUUCACAGUUGAACAUAAGAAUGCUACUUGUAGUAGCAAUGGAUUAGUCUAUAAUUCACAGUAUGCAAACUUUAUUGUUUAUAGUUGGUUAGUAUUUGCUUAUUUAUUGCCUUCAUUUGUAAUGAUUACUUGCUAUUCUCGAGUGUACUAUGUCAUCAAACGUUCAGUAGUAAAAUCUCAGUCUACUAAUUCUUCAUCAUGUACAAUCGAAACAAGUACACAAAUUGGGAAUACUUCAACAUUUUCAGAACUUCGAACAUCAAAGAGUAUACCAACAUCAACACCAUCUUCAUCUUUUAGACAAGUUAAAUCAGUCUUACUAAGCAUAACAAUCAUGUGUGCUUUAUUCGUUUUAAGUCAUUCAUACUAUCAAAUUUAUUCAAUUUUAAGUUUACUUGGUGCUAUACAAUAUCAAGCAUUAUCAAUACAAAGGCGUUUAUCAGUAUUUUUUACUGUGAUUAACAGCUCUUUAAAUCCGAUCAUUCUGUUACUUUCAAGUCAAAAAUUAAGAAAAAGAUUAGUGAGAAUGUUUCGCAAACUUUGUCGCAAAAUUACAUUUUCGAAGAAUCACAACACAACAAUAACUACCAUGGAGACUAGUACAAAAACUUCUGGGGAUAGAAGCAAGUGA